UAUGACAUGUAUUGGUCGUUAUGCAUCUCUAAGUUUGUAUUUAAAUAUUUUUCAAUGAGUUUGAAAAGAAAUAUAACAUUAAUUGAAUGAACAUUUGUACAAUGUACUUACUAAACAGUCAAUGAUUUUCAAAAGUAAAAUUUUUAAAAACCUUUCAUUCUAUUGUAUUUUCACUGCGUCAUUGGAUCUCAUAUCGACAAAAAUAUUGAUCGAUAAAGAGUAAGAUCGCAUACAAUACACAUACAGAAAGGACAGUUGCGUGUAUAUGUUGCUAAGAUGAAGAAACAGAAAUGAAGGAUUUAUUUAGAUUGUUUGUUUUGAAGUUAUUUAUCAUAUAUUGUAAUGCAAUUUGUGAGUAUCCUGAUUGGAUACAGAAUAAAGUUUGGAAUGAUCAGAGUGGUCAGUUAACCUUCAGCGUCACCACCAUGACAGGGUGGAGCUAUCGUUUAUAUUCAGACAUCAUUACAGAAUGGGAAUGUUUCCUACAGUUCAAAAACGAAACUUUUGUGGCUUCUAGAUCAAAAGAUACCCAUACGAUUUUUGGAACACAUUACAGGGCAUAUCUUUGUCAGAAAUUUGAUAAAACAGAGAAAAAUGUCACAUACUACAACCUGAUGGCUGAUAUAACUGAGAGGGGAGAAAGAGUCCAUAUUACCAAUGAAGUUCCAGAUAAUAUAUGCGACGUCUGUUCAGGCCCAGGUGAUGACGGGUCUUAUUUCAUAUCAGUCGACAGUAAUUCUAGCUAUGAGGCUGAUCAUCAAGAUGGAUGCAAUCCAUGUUUGAAAAACUGUGAUCAUCCAGGAACGCCAUUAAUUACAGCAACUUCCAAACCAGGUGACAAUAAAACACAAGUGUAUGAAAGAGCCCCAACUCGUUUUAACAAUAAAGAUGUGACUUCUGAAAAUUCAUCGAAUGCCAAGCUUAUUGGUGGGAUAACAGGCGCUGUGUCAUUUAUAUUACUGGUCACAAUCUUAAUGGUAUGGCUGACAAGACGUGGCUUCUGUGUAACUAACGUAUUAGAGACUUUCUAUGAGGAAAAACACUUUCACACGACUUGAAUCAUUACAGCAUUUGACAUUCAUUUUUAAAAUGUGACUUUUAUCGUUUGAAUCAAGAAUCAUACAUGACAUACAUGCCCUUAUACAUGCAUUAGUGGAUACAUUUGAAGAGUGAUGCCUAUUUGAAACGAAAGUGAAUAAAACAUUUGAAACCAUUAAGUGAACAUACACAAUCACACAAAACUAAGGAUUUAUCCAAAUAAAAUAAUGAAGAAUACUAAGUUAAUCAAAAUGCUAAUGGAAUGCAGACGAAACAAGUAUGACAACAAAAAGCAUAUGAUACCCGGCAGCGAAACAUUCAUAGGUUGAGAUCGUAUUAAAUAGUGUCAAAUUCAUUA